AUGGAAAAGUUGCUGUUUAUGUGUAUAGUCAUAUCGCAUUGUUCUUUCCUGAAGGCUUUGUUCACAGUUGAAGUGUUCAAUCCGCCAUUUAUCGCAGAAUAUGGGAGCAACGUUACAAUGGAAUGCAGAUUUCCAGUGAAUGGCCAAUUCAAGCUUGAACAAUUAAGUAUCGUUUGGGAGAAAAAAGAAGAAACAAAUAAAAAUGUCUACAAAAUUUACAAAGGGAAAGAAGACUUUAAGUCCCAGGAUAGGGCUUUCAAGAAUAGAACCACUUUGUUUAAAGAUAAACUGAGCUUGGGACACAUUGUGCUCCAGAUCUCCAGCGUGAAGCUCACCGAUGCUGGGACUUACCUUUGCCUUGUUGAAUAUGAUGGCGUUGACUACAAAUAUCUACCUUUGGAUGUAAAGGCUCCUUAUAGAAACAUUAUCUCAACCAGUACCCCUGUCCAGGCAAUAGGUGGACACAAAGGAUGGGAGCUUGCAUGCCAGUCAGAAGGUUAUCCGGAGGCAGAAGUUUUCUGGCACACUAUGGAUGGUGCAGACUUAAGUGACAAAGCAAAUGUAUCAUACAUGAGAGGAUCAGACCAGCUCUACCAUGUUACUAGUACUCUUCGAGUCAACACAAACAUUACUGAUACUUUUUAUUGCGUAUUUUGGAAUGAACCUCUUCAGCAGAACACAACUGCUGCUUUAAUUGUAACAGGUGAAAUUUCCAAACACUAUUCAAGAUGCAUGAGAACAAAGGGCUCUUUUACAGAUUAUGCUGAGCAAAUCCAUGUCACGAAGAUAUCUAAUCCUGGCUUUCUGUUUAGAGUGCCUUCAUGA